AGUUCUUUAUUGAUGUUUUUUGUUGUGACAUUUCUUUAGAGAAAUUGCACAAAAAAGUGCAAAAAGGAUAUUUUAUUGUGAUGAAAAAUGUUGAAAAACAUGAGAAAUCUAUGCCGUGUAUGUUCAGGACCAGGACAGCAUGAAAUCAACGCUCCAAUUCCAUUCUACCUCCAUGAAAUGGACAAUAACGAGGCCCUUGAGUGGCCCCAGCCAAUUUGGAUGCUCCUCCAGGACAUUCUCAAUGUUCCGGUCCUGCCUAAUGAUGGUUUGCCCCAGAAGAUGUGUACUAUCUGUAUUUCGUACAUGAAACACGCCAUAACAUUCCGCAAGCAGGCUCUGGCCUGUCGUUUGGGGCUUCUGAGAGCUUCCCAUGUGUACUUUAAGGAAGAGACUAAGGAAGGGCUCUGUGAUACAGAAAGAAUUCCACAGACUCCUGUCUGUUUAGAGGACAGGAAUGACAAUCUAAAGACCGUCAAUGCGACAGUCAAUAAACUCCAGACAAAAGCUAAGCUUCCGGAUACCACCAAAAAAGUCAUUCAGACAUGUAGCAAUGCUAGAAGCUACUUCAGUUACCGACAGAAACCCUUUGUGGAGGACGACAUAACAACAAUGUCAAUUUUCGAUGGGGAAAACUUCGCUGCGAAUCCUCCGGAAAAGCUCAGUCAACGCGAUUGUUCCUUCUGCUGGAA